AUGGCUUCUCCACAGCAAAUCAACGAUCUCCAGGAUGCCUUCAACAGGGCCACGGUGUCUGGUUCCCCAGGUGCUGUUUCCACCUCCCCUUCACAAUCCUUUCUGCAGAACCAGUUCCGCUCAAGGGCACUUUCGGUGUCCAAGCACACCAAGCCUUUGAAGCCUUUCUCAGCAGGUGACAUGAAGAUUCUUCUUCUCGAAAACGUCAACCAGACUGCCAUUGACAUCUUCACGGAACAAGGCUACCAGGUUGACUUUUACAAGACUUCCCUGCCAGAGGAGGAGCUCAUUGAGAAGAUCCAAUCUGUCCACGCAGUUGGUAUCAGAUCAAAGACCAAGCUGACUGAAAAGGUCCUGGCAGCUGCAAAGAACUUGGUUGUCAUCGGUUGUUUCUGUAUCGGUACCAACCAAGUUGAUUUGGAGUACGCUGCUUCCAGAGGUAUUGCCGUCUUCAACUCUCCUUUCUCGAACUCCAGAUCUGUCGCUGAGUUGGUGAUUGCAGAGAUCAUCUCCUUGGCUAGACAAUUGGGAGACAGAUCCAUCGAGCUUCACACCGGUACUUGGAACAAGGUCAGCGCCAAGUGUUGGGAAGUGAGAGGUAAGACCUUGGGUAUCAUCGGUUACGGUCACAUUGGUUCCCAGUUGUCCGUCCUUGCCGAGGCCUUGGGUAUGAACGUUAUCUACUACGAUAUCGUUAUGAUCAUGUCCUUGGGUAACUCUAAGCAAGUGUCCACUUUGAACGAACUCCUGUCAAAGGCUGAUUUCGUGACUUGUCACGUGCCAGCCACCCCAGAGACCAAGAACUUGUUGUCUGCUCCACAGUUCGCCGCUAUGAAGGAUGGCUCCUACGUUAUCAACGCCUCAAGAGGUACCGUCAUUGACAUCCCAUCUUUGAUCUCUGCCAUGAAGUCCGGUAAGAUCGCAGGUGCUGCUUUGGAUGUUUACCCACACGAGCCAGCUAAGAACGGUGCCGGCCUCUUUGCCGACGAAUUGAACGACUGGACCUCCGAGUUGGUUUCUCUGCGUAACUUGAUCCUCACUCCACACAUUGGUGGUUCCACAGAGGAGGCACAGUCCGCCAUCGGUAUCGAGGUUGGUACCGCUUUGACCAAGUACAUCAACGAAGGUGCUUCUGUAGGUGCUGUUAACUUCCCAGAGGUUUCCCUUAGAGCCCUUGAUUUGGACGAGGAAAACGUUGCUCGUGUUCUUUACAUCCAUCAAAACGUUCCAGGUGUGUUGAAGACUGUCAACAACAUUCUCGCAGAUUACAACAUUGAGAAACAAUACUCUGAUUCCCAAGGUGAUAUCGCUUACAUGAUUGCAGACGUCUCUGGUGUCUCUGCUGGUGACAUCAAGUCCUUGCACGAUGAGUUGAGUAACACUCCAUUCAAGAUCGCCAUCAGAAUCUUGUACUAA